CUUGAUAUUUGCCGCACUUUCGGCACUUUCCACUUUCGUCUAGGCCUAGUCAUGGAAGUGACAAGAAAGAAUUUUCAAUCCGUCCUUCCAGAAGUGGAGAAGGCUAUUGCAGAAUCAGAUUUUCUUAGUGUUGAUACAGAAUUUUCAGGUCUUCAUGCAUCCAGCUCCUAUUACAUAUCACCACUGGACACACCUGAAGAGAGAUACCAAAAGCUAAGAAAGGGCUCAUGUGACUUCCUGGUGUUUCAAGUGGGACUUUGUACAUUUUGUUUUAACAAAGAAAACAAUAAGUAUGAAGCAAGACCAUUUAAUUUUUAUGUUUUCCCAAGACCUUAUUCCAGAGCAGCCCCUGAUUGUAGAUUUAUGUGUCAGAGCUCAAGCAUUGAUUUUCUAGCAUCUCAAAAUUUUGACUUCAACAAGGUUUUCAAAGAAGGCAUACCAUAUUUAACUUCCACACAGGAGAGUCAGUUGAAAGAUUCCUUGGAAGAAAAGCACAAACAGUACAAUCUUUUCUCCUCCCCAGCCUUUGUUACACCAGACAGUGGGGCUGAAGCUGUGACCACAAAGGGACCCAUUAAUAUACCAGAGGAACACAAGGAUUUUAUAGAGGGCAUCUGCAAAACUGUUCAGGAGUUUUUGGAUAAAGAAGGAGAAGAAACUCUGUCAUUACCACCAUGCAAUGGAUUUGUGAGGAAACUCAUCUACCAGACUGUAAAGCAAAGGUUUCAGUCUGGGAUUCACUUGGCAGCUAAAACAGAUGAAAAGAAACAGAGGUUUAUUGUUGUCACCAGAAUCAAAAGUGAGGAUGACAUGAAGAUAAAGGAGCAGGAAAAACAAGCAGCGGAACUGGCAGAAGUAGAGGGGGCUGUGGGAUUUUCUAAAGUCAUCAGAAUGAUUACUCACAGUGAGAAGCUGGUGGUUGGACAUAAUAUGUUUAUGGAUGUCAUUCAUCUGUUACAUAGGUUCUGUUCUCCUCUUCCUGAGAAUUAUCUGGAAUUCAAAGCACUAACGACAUGCAUCUUUCCAAAACUUCUGGAUACAAAGCUGAUGGCAAAUACAACACCAUGCAAGGAGUUCCUGCCUAAUACAGUGUUAGGGGAUCUGUUAAAGCACAUUAGUUGCUCACCAUUUGAAAAGCCAGAAAUCGUGUUUCCAGAAAAUUUUCCGCAAUACAAGUUAGAUGAUAGCAAUUUACACGAGGCAGCAUAUGAUGCUUUCAUUACAGGAAUGUGUUUCAUAGGAAUGUCUAAUUUUCUAGGCAAUAAAAAAGAUCCUCCUGUUAGCAAUGUUUCUCCCGAUGAUUCUGUAGUAAAGCCCUUCACAAAUAAACUGUUCUUAAUGAGAGUGCCGGAGAUUCCUUAUUUAGAUCUGGCUGCAGAUGAUGUAUUGCCAAACAGAGAGCACAUUUUCCAUGUUACGUUUCCAAAAGAAUGGAAAGCACCAGAUCUGUACCAGCUUUUUUCUCCCUUUGGAAAUGUCAACAUUCAGUGGUUAGAUGAUACAUCAGCCUUUGUGUCACUUUAUAAAAAGGAACAAUCUUCUUCAGGUGUCCAUCAUCCCUCACCAAGUCAAUAUCAACAUAUAAUAACAGGCAAGAGAGAUGUUACAAUGUUAAGUUCAGACAAAAAGGUGUCCAUCAUCCCUCACCAGACAAAAAGGUGUCCAUCAUCCCUCACCAAGUCAAUAUCAACAUAUAAUAACGGACAAGAGAGAUGUUACAAAGUUAAGUUCAGACAAAAUUUAAUGCAUUAGUUCACGAUACAUCUUUGAGCUAUGCAUAGCAUACUGAAAUCUGGAGCCAUUCUACAAGGGCUACCAGGACCUAAUCCUAGUCUGUGCAAACUUCAAAUCUUCCUCAGGCAUUGGUGGACAAUCUCCCCAAACAAUAGAAACAAAGUCACAGAACUGACACAAUUUCAACAUCUCAAACAUUUGAGAUCUUGAUUUAUAACUAGAACAGAUCUUAAUCACGCUUUAAUUCUAAAUAUGCUCAUAUUCCAAGCAAAGGUUAAUGUAGAUCAAAUAGCAUCUCUAUUUCAUAUUGCCCUAUGACCUUGAUGAAAUGUCCAUGAUUAAAGAUUCUCUAAGAACAUCAGACCUUAGAGAAGAACAGAAUAAGUUUAAAAGUAAGGACAGCAAAGUUGUAGUUUAAUUAAAGUCAUUCCUAAAUUGAAGUUGGCAGCCAGGAUAUGAUUUCAACAUCUUGUUUGAAUUAUAAAAUGUUUUGGUUUGUUAACGGGAGAUGAAGAACACAAACAUUGCAGGGAAAUGCACAACCCACAUUAGAAGGAUAUUUCAUUAUUCAUAUUUUUCUGUAUUUUUUUCUUUUUCUUUUAGAUAUUUGAAAAUAUUUUCAAGUACGUAAAAUAUAGAUUUGUGUAUUAUUGACCUGUAAGUUAUUUAAACGUAACAGCUAAAGUACUGUAUCUAACUAGAUUUAAACAAAAUGUGUCUUUAUAGUUGCAAAUAAAAAGCAAUGGAUUUCAAUAGAAAUUCAGCAGAAUACAUACAGUGAGUGUAAUAAUUGACCAUUGAUUUUGAUAAAAUAUCCUUGAUUCAAGGUCAAGAUCAUGUAGCCAAAAUCAAGGUCACAGGACAGCAAGAUGUUGAAAUUUGUAUCUUUGCAAUGUUUCCUUAGAGUCACAUUAACUUUUGUAAUUAAUUUAUUGUUACCUUCAAGGACUUUGAUCAUAAUCACCAAAAAUUCUCAUAAAAUUUUGUGCCUUUUCCAACCACUUGUCUGAUAGUUUUCCAAUAUCCAAGUUGCAAGUAUUGUAAGAGAAUGUUAUCAAUAGGUUUUAGAAAUAUAAAUCAUUAAAUUUCAAUGCCCCCCUUUGAAAAAGAGGCCGAGAGAGCAUAUUAUUUCCACCUGUUAGUUGCUCGGUCUAUAGACAAAGUCUUGUCUGCUCAAUAUGUGAUGAACCCUUUGCUUCAUACAUGUACUUACCAAACUUGGUACACUAGUUUCCCCUAAAAUGUAGAUGUCCUCUACUGAUCUUGAGGUCAAUAGGUCUAAGGACAAAGGUUAAAUUAGACAUUUUAAGACAUUGUCCGCUCAAUAUCCUGAGAAACCUUUCCUUGACAGACAUCAAAUUUGAUACAUUGGUUUAUAUCAACAAUGGAUUUUCCUGUGGGGUUAUAAUAGGUCUUCAGUACCCCUUGCUUGUUAUAAGAGGUAACUAAAUGGGGUAGUCCUUCGGAUGAGAUCACAAAAACCAAGGCCCUGUGUCACAGCAGGUGUGGCACGAUAUAGAUCCCUCCCUGCUCAAAGGCCAUAAGUGCCGAGCAUAGACCUUCACUAGCGAUGGUGAUGUCUCUAUGAGUGAAAGAUUCUCGAGAGGGACGUUAAACAAUAUACAAUUAAUCCAAUGGAUUUUGAGGUCAAGGGUCAAAUGGGAAAUAUUAUGCUUGACAGACAUCAAACAUUGGUACACAACAUCAUUCAGACACACGUAUACUAUUUUUCCUUCCUACAAACUCUGAUGUCUUUUGACAACUUUAAUAUGUGUACUUCUUGCAGAAAUCCUUCCCAAA